AUGAGCCAGACGCUUUGGAUAUUGAUUGGGACGACAACGUUCUUUUCGGUGAUUUUCGCGACGAUCAACAGUUUGCGGUUACAAAGUUAUGUUGCACGGGCAAUUAGCGACUACCUCACCUCCGAAACUGGCAUAACCAUAAUAUUCGAGACAGCCAUCGUGCCCAAAUGGAAAGACUCGCGCCUCUCCUUCAAGAAUGUCUACGUCUCGCGUCGACCGUCCGACCCCUCCUCCUCGGGCUCUUCUCCCUCCUCCACAUCCCAAGGCCACAUGGCCGCGGUAGGCUACGACGUGAGCAACCACCCCGCGUACCACCACGUCGGGGAGGACGAAGACGAGUUAGAGGACAGGCACUUCGAGGACGAGGACGUGAAUUAUACGAUGUUCGACCUGAAUAUUGAUUCGGUUGAUGUAACGCUUUCGCUGAAGAGGUGGUUGGAUGGAAAGGGGCUGGUAGAGAGUGCGGUUGUGCGGGGGGUCCGAGGGGUCGUUGACAGACGUAAUGUCUUCUGGGACCCAGACAACCCGCUCGACCCCGCGCUCUUCCGACACACCUCACAGCCAGGCGACUUCGAGCUUGAGUCCCUUCAACUCGAGGACGUGCUCGUAACAGUGUAUCAGCCGGGCGACUUCCGCCCGUACACCUCGUCCAUCUUCCGUGCGGAUAUUCGGAUGUUCAGGAAGCGCUGGAUGUUUUACGACUUCCUAUGUGCGGAGAACGUCGUGGGGCAGUUUGAUAACUGCUUGUUUAGCUUGCACAAGCCCCAGAGUAUUGGGAGGACGAACGAGAAGGAUUUGCAGGAUGGGGAUUGGGUGCGGAUGUCUCGCUUCCGCAUCGACGGCGUCAACAUCGACCACCUCCAAAACUCCACCACAAUGGAAGGCCCCAUCUCCUGGAUAACCUCCGGAAAAGUCGACGCCGUGCUUGACAUCAAGUUCCCGCGCGACCCCUCCGACGAGAUGCCCUUCAAUGCCCUGCUCGGCGAGAUCGCCGACGUCAUCGCGACCUCCCUUUCCAAUAUCCCCGACACCACGCGCAUCCCCGGCCAGCGCGAGCUCGCCAAGCCCCCUCUCAGUGCCCCAGAGCCGGACGAGGACGAGGAAGGGAUUGAGGAGGGCAGAGAGGAGGGCGGGUAUAAGCCCAAGGUGGUGAUUGAUAUUGAUUUGAGGUUUAGAGACUUGAAGGCUGCGGUGCCGAUUUUCACACCGGACUUGAGUUAUGUGAAUAAUGCGUUCGUGAGGCCGAUCGUGGCGUUCAUGAACGCGAACCGGACACUGGUGCCCAUCCGAUGUCGGGUUGUGAAGGACCUCAGCGAGUUCGAUGGUGCUUGGACGAUGUGGGAGACUGGCCUCAUGGACGAGAUCUCUCUGAAGACGUACGACGCCAUGGCCUACCACGUCUCUCAAUCGACCAUGAACCGCCAACGCAUGAAGACCGUGAGCCUCUGGAGCUUGCAGCGCACCGCGAGUGCAGUGAUGUCCGCCCUGAAGCAGCUGACGGACCCAAUGUCUGUGCACCUGAAGGAGGUGUAUGUCAAUGGUCAGAUGCAUCCCGGACUCUACGAUUUGUUGCCGCUCGUUCCUGAAGUGUAG